CGGAAACACAUUAAAUGGCCUGGCCGGGCCCGUGUGCGAAAUAAGCAUCAGUCGGAAAGCGCACGUUAAAUCUCCAAAGUAAGUAAGUAAGUAAGUAAGAAGAACAAGUGUUUGCAUGGAAUUUGAUCAAAGAUGGACACAACACUCUAAUCAUUGGCCAGGUUGGUUCUUAUCAAUGAAAUUACGGAGAGAUUGGGGAGAAAUAGAAAACUGGUGUCUGUUACUGCUAGCAUUGGUAUGGCUUCUAAACAGCUUGAGGGGAGAACUCUUCAUGAUUAGGCUGGUCUGAGUGAUGGAAGACACAAGAUCCUGACUUAUAUAAGAUACUUCUUAGUGAUGAAAAGAAGAAUGUCUACAGGAGGAGUAAGGAGACUGAUGUGCUGAUCAUUGAUGAGAUAAGCAUGAUCAGUAGAAACAUUGUUGAACAGGUAAAUAUGACAUGUAUUAUAUGUAUAUACUCCAAACUUAACCAUCUUCACAGUUCUAUCACAAAUCAUAAUAUUAAUAAAGUUUAAAACUAGACAUGUAAUCCUCAACAUACCAUAACAAGGGUAUUUUUUUAACAUUUUUUAACUGGACAGGUAAUCCUAAACAUACCAUAACAAGGGUAUUUUUUUAACAUGUUAAUAUGUAGGAAUUAUUCUCAUGAAUAUGGCAAGUCACAAUAUUAAUAUACUUAUUAUAGUAGCUAAGACAAUGUUUUUUUCGAGUGUGUCAUUACACUUUAAAUACUGUUACUUAUUUUUACUUAUCUCCUCAAGACCCAUGCCCAAAGAGUUAUAUUCUUUUGGAAUAUUUAAUACAUGCCUAUUCCCAUGGUUCCUAUUAUUUUCUUAUUUAUGCUCCAUGUACACAAUGUAUACUGUUUAAUUUCAGCUUGAAUUCAUAUGCAGGAGUUUUAGAGACCCAAGUUUGAAUUUUGGAGGAUCGCAGGUUGUGUGUGUUUGGGAUUUCUUUCAAUUUCCCCCACUAUGCAAAUGACUUGUACCAGGAUGUACAUGCCCAUCAGUAGGAAAUCUCACUUGUAAAUAUAUCAUGUUCCCAUUACAGGAUAUUCCAGUCUGCCUUCCAACAGUUUUAGAGUCUUUAGUUUGCUGCAGUACAAAUAGUCUUUUGGAAUGUUAUCAGAUAUUGCAGCAAAUUCAAUGUUUUGUGUCUGUUCAGGUCUCCCCUUGAUGCCACGGUAAACCCUGAUGUUUUUUUGUCCAAUCACCAGGUUGUGGUGAUAUUUGGAAAAGCAUUUCUUAUAUAUUUUCUGACAAACGCUUUUGAUCUGUGACCAAAGUUGUAACAAAAUUUCUGGAAAAUAUCUUCAACUGGUAUAGUACUUUUGCUAUCUUCAACAUACUUUUCAUGUAACCUGUAAGAAUGUUUCAAGAACUUUACAUAACUGAAAAUUGAAUUAUUGUAACACAAUUGAGCUGCCCUUGGUAAAAAUUCAGAAUUUCAUAUUGUUAUUAUGAUGGCACAUCAUGAGCUUUGGGUGUGUUUGUGAUAUUCAUAUUAUCAUCUAAUGUUGUAAUUUACUUAUUAUUCUCAAAUAGAUUUAUUUCUUUCGCAUUAAUGAUAAAUAGUAACUUGAAAUGUUCACUUUAUUCAUUUUCAAUCAGCAUGACCAGCAUUCAUAAUGUGAUCAGGCACAGGCAAUAUACAUGAAAAUGUGCCUAUUAUAUUAGUAAAGUGAUGUAUUGUAUAAAAUUCACUAGCUAAUAAUAGAUUAGCUUUAGAUGACAAGUUUAUUAUAAAAUGAAAAACAUAUUCAUAAUAAAUAUUUACCAAUUGAAGAAAUUAUCUGAUGUCGUUUUUUAGAUGCUGCUGUCACUCCAGAUAACUGUCUUCAAAUUUCGCGCUAAUUUCUUUAAUAUGAGAGCGCUGCGUAUUUUCAGCCAAUCAGGUGGCUCGCUCGAUUCUGCCCGCGUUUGACAUCUACUUCCGCUCGGGGUUGGUAACAUUUUCCAAGCUAGCGCAAUAAACUGUCGAUAUUUCGAGGAUGAUGUCUUUCAUUCGUCAACUGGUCAUAUUCAUGGCCCUGUUUGUGUUCACGGUGACGGGGCAAGCAACAGUCCGGUUCUUGGAUACAAACCUCAUUGUGAAGGAGGGUGAUCAGUUUGACCUGCGGUUGCAAAGAACUGGAUCCAUAAGUUCUGAGUUGGUUGUUACUGUUGCAAUUGAAAGUGAUCUCAGCGAUGAUUUUAUCGGAGACACUCAAGUUGCACGGUUCAACCCAACUGGUUCCGACACAGUGGCUGUGACCUUCACAGUAAGAGAUGAUGAUGAGCCAGAGCCUGAUGAAGUUAGCAUCCUGCAAAUCACCAUUGUGGGCAGAGCGGCCAUUGCUGUCGAUCCUUCACAGACGCGGGUCACCAUUCUGGCCAAUGGUGAUGCUUAUGGUGUCUUUGGCUUCACUGAGGCAUCACCUCGUCGGGUGAUUGAGAAUACGUUCACGGAGGUGAUCAACAUAAAGAUUGGCCGACAGAGAGGAUUGUUUGGGAGUAUCAUGGUCAGAUACAUGAUCAACGGAAGCAGUUUGGAGGCUGACGUGGGGAAAGACAUCGCACCAAGCAGCGGAUUUGUUAGGUUUCAGCCAAACGAAAGAGAAAACUACCUUCAGCUUCAGAUCAGGGCAGAUGAUAUACCUGAAAAUGCUGAAACAUUUACAGUUUAUUUGGUGGAUACCUCUCACAUGGCCAGGAUUGACCAAACAAGAUCCUCAUUUACCUUCAUCAUACAGGCUAAUGAUGCCCCUGUUGGCUUCCGCAGUGUAAGUACCAAGUUGAUACAGGCUGAUGUGAUAUGGUGCAAUAUUGCUCAGUCACUCACUCACUCACUUGCUGUUAUCCAGUUGCUAUCACUUUGUUAACCAUGAAUCAUCCAUCCAUCUGUUAUCAUCCAUCAAUCCAUCUGUUAUCCAUCCAUCAAUCCAUCUGUUAUCUAUCCAUCAAACCAUCUGCUAUCAUCCACCAAUCGAUCUGUUAUCUUCCAUCAAUCCAUCUCUUAUCAUCGACCAAUCUAUCUGUUAUCUUCCAUCAAUCCAUCUCUUAUCCACCAAUCCAUCUGUUAUCCAUCCACCAAUCCAGUUGUUAUCCAUCUGUUAUCCAUCCACCAAUCCAGCUGUUAUCAUCCAUCAAUCCAUCUGUUAUCAUCCACCAAUCCAUCUGUUAUCCACCCAUCAAUCCAUCUGUUAUCCAUCCAUCAAUCCAUCUGUUAUCCAUCCAUCAAUACAUAUGUUAUCCAUCCAUCAAUACAUCUGUUAUCAUCCAUCAAUACAUCUGUUAUCCAUCAAUUCAUCUUUUAUCAUCCAUCAAUCCACCUGUUAUCAAUCCAUCUGUUAUCAUCCAUCAAUACAUCUGUUAUCAUCCAUCAAUACAUCUGUUAUCCAUCAAUUCAUCUUUUAUCAUCCAUCAAUCCACCUGUUAUCAAUCCAUCUGUUAUCAUCCAUCAAUACAUCUGUUAUCAUCCAUUUAUCCAUCCAUCAAUCCAUCUCUAUUGAUCCAUCAAUCAUGUAAUCUAUCCACCAAUCUGUUAUCAUCCAUCAAUCCAUCUGUUAUCAUCAAUCCAUCUGUUAUCUAUCAAUCCACCUGUUAUCAAUCCAUAUGUUACCCAUCUAUCAAUCCAUCUGUUAUCAUCCAUCAAUCCAUCUGUUAACAUGCAUUAAUCCAUCUGUUAUCCAUCAAUCAAACCUUCUGUAAUCGAUCCAUCAAUCCAUCUGUUAUCAUCCAUCAAUCAAUCUAUUAUUAGGUACUGGCAGCCAAUUUUUUUGACACAACACACUGACUUCACUUAAACUGGAAAACAAUACAAGCAAAACAAAACAAAAAAUUAUGAAGAUAUCUUUAUUAGUUCUUGAGAUAUUGUCAAUCAAACAUCCAUUGUCAUAUACAAAUUUAGUUACAUUUGGACAAGUCCAGCAUUAAUUCAUAACAAAACAGAGACUAACAAAAGCAAACAAAAUGCAUUUCAAUAUAAAAUAUAUCACUCUAAAUCAUUUGUAGAAUUACUGUCCACAUCUGACUACAUAUGAUUAGACACAUUGAGCUCUGAAAUUGAAAAAGGGGCGGUCGGGUAGCCUAGUGGUUAAAGCGUUCGCUCGUCACGCCGAAGACCCGGGUUCGAUUCCCGACAUGGGUACAAUGUGUGAAGCCCAUUUCUGGUGUCCCCCGCCGUGAUAUUGCUGGAAUAUUGCUAAAAACGGCGUAAAACCAUAUUCACUAACUCACUCUGAAAUUGAAAAAUGGUGGAAAUUAAACUUGAAAAUGUUGUCGUUUGACCCAUUUCACAUCAUCAUAAAAGUAAGAUUUCUGACUGCACAGGCCAUAUGAAACACUUUCCUCACAUAAUUGGUUAUAUAUUUUAACUCUAUUUUAUCAGGUCUCCGAUAAUACAUUUGAGCCUGUUAGAAGCUACCAAAGAUGACAAAAUCUUAAAAUGUGGUUGUGGAAAAUGUGAACAGAUGGCCUAUUUGUAUAUUUUUUCAUUUUCUCUUAAACUAUUCAAGCAAUAAGUCUGACACAUUGUAGACUAAAAGUACACGUCUGUCAAUGACAUAUUCAAAUGACAAUAUAUUACAGUAAUAAAUGAGGAUGUCUUAAACGAAUUAAGAAUAUGAAAUAUGUCACAAGGACCAUCAACUGUGUAGCGAAAUACUGAUUCAUGUUCAUUUACAAACAACACAAUAAAGGUUCAAAUUAAAUGUCUCAAUUUCAUUAGUUUCACUUCUGAGAUUGUCAACAUGGCUCAUAUUAGUAGUAAUACAAAAUAUUAAUAAUGCUAUUGUCCUUUGAGACUGAUGAACAUGAUCUUUGCUGAGACAGACCUCUUGUUUUCUUCCAUUGCUUCAUUCUCUUAUAGCAAGGACCAUGACCAAGUCUGGAAGUCUGGAAAGUUCUUUCUUCGCAAGUUCCAGAGACGAUCGGGUGGCUUCCUCUUGCAACU